AUGGGUUUCUUAGUUUCUCUCUUCAAACAGAAGGGUUUUGUUAUUUUCUUGAAUCUCUCGUUUCUCUCACUGGCUUGUGCUUUUUUAGCGAUUCGAUUUCACUAUCCAGAAGAAACCCAAUUCCGUGUUCUUAACAAGAGCUUCAGAAAACUCCAUGGCACUGCUCAGGAAGAUUGCCGGAAUUUUAUUGGUCUACCUGACUUUGAAGCUAAGUGCUCUGUUCUUAAAUCCAACAACCCUUGUAACACCCAAGGCUAUAUAGAUUAUCUUUAUGUUUUCUAUUGUCAGUAUGGAAGUUUUAGCAUUCUGGGCUAUACUCUGUUGUUUCUGUGGCUUCUUGUGUUGUUCUAUCUUUUGGGUAACACUGCUUCUGAAUACUUUUGCUCUUCCCUUGAGAGUUUGUCGAAAUUGUUGAAUCUAUCCCCAACAAUUGCUGGUGUUACUCUGCUUUCUUUGGGGAAUGGCGCACCUGAUGUUUUUUCCAGCCUUGUUGCUUUCAUGGGAGAUGGAACUACUGAUAUUGGCUUGAAUACUGUUCUUGGUGGAGCCUCGUUUGUUACCUGCGUCGUUGUCGGAAUCAUAAGCAUUUUGCUGCGUUUUCGACGGAUUAAGGUUAAUAGGGUUGCCUUCAUUAGAGAUGUUUUGUUCUUCCUCUUGGUUCUUUUGUCUGUUUUUUUUAUAUUGCUUCAUGGACAUAUCAAUCUGUGGGGUUCCCUUGCCUUUUCUUCCAUGUAUCUUGUUUAUGUUUUGGUUGUUUAUGUCUCCCAUGCCCAAUGGCUGAGUUUGAGGAGGGAUAUUUUCCAACCCCUUUUGAAAGAGCCACCAAAGGAUGAGUCUGAGGGCCAAAAUGACGAUGACGACAACGACGACGGUGUUAGAAUCGACGUAUACGAUGUCUGUUUUUGUCCUAGUUUUUCGCCUUCUUGUGUUUUUUUCCUUCGCCUUCUUGAGAUUCCUCUUUACUUGCCUAGAAGGCUGACAAUUCCCACUAUUGCUGAAGAAAACUGGUGUAGAUUGUAUGCAGUUGCUUCAGUGACAUUAGCUCCCAUUCUCUUAGCUUUUCUAUGGGCAUUUCACCACCAGAUCGAUAUGUCUCGGUCGAACGUAAUCAUCUGCAUCGUCGCCUUGCUGGUCGGAGUUAGUUUUGGAAUUGUUGCAUUUGUGACAACUGAGAAUUCAAGCCCACCAAAGAAGUGGCUGUUCCCAUGGCUUGCAGCUGGGUUCACCAUGAGUUUAACAUGGAGUUAUAUUAUAGCUCAGGAACUGGUAGGGCUAUUGGUUUCACUUGGCUACAUAAUGGGCAUAAGCCCUUCAAUUCUAGGACUGACCUUCCUGGCUUGGGGAAACUCUCUUGGGGAUUUAGUUUCCAAUGUGACCGUGUCCUUGAACGGCGGGCAGCGAGGCGCCCAAAUAGCCAUCUCCGGCUGCUACGCCGGCCCCAUCUUCAGUACGCUGUUCGGCCUUGGGAUGUCCCUUGUCAGCGCUUCAUGGAAGAAGUAUCCUGAGCCGGUGGCCAUCCCGGCUGACCCGUACGUGAUGGAGACAUUGGGGCUGUUGGUAGGAGGGCUGCUAUGGGCGCUUGUAAGUUUGCCAAGGAGAGAGAUGAGGGUUGAUGCAGUGUUGGGAGGAGGCCUUCUGGCUAUCUAUUUGACCUCUUUGCUCUUAAGAGUGUUGCAAGCUCUUGGGUCUUCCCAUUAGAACCAUUUUUGACACUCAACUCUUACU